AACUCAUCGCCUCUGGUCUCGUCUUGCGCACAUCUGGUCUUUGACUCUUCUCCACCCAACUCUCCUCUCAACUCUCCUUCGACUUUUCUCCUCCCAACUCUCUUCUACACUUUGCACAACAUCUGGUCUCCUCUUAGUCCCCAUCGGUCAUAGCAAGAAUGCAAGACAACUCUCACAGAGCUUACCCUUUCACACCUCCUGUAACUGGAGUUACUGGACUGCAAUUGAUCACUGAUCUGUACACCAUAUCAUCUCCAAUUUCAGCUGAGAAUCUUGGUUUUGCAUUCGAUUUCGGAUCCAUGGCGACGGCUUAUGGAGCUGCAACUACCACUGUGGUACCAAAUGAUCCAAAGAUUCGAGUGCACAGCUUCAUCGGCUUCAAACCUUCGCAUUCUCUCGCUUUCAACCAGAAUCCUCACGUUUUUCUGGUUCCGAAAUCGACUCCAUCUGUUAUCAGAGCUGUUUCAAGAACACCAGUCGUAACCGGUUCUAGUUUUAGGCUCAAUUGGAGCGCUGGAGUUAUCCUGUAUAUUUUACUCUGUGGUGUGCCGCCUUUCUGGGCAGAAACUGAGCAGGGCGUGGCACAGGCAAUUAUUCGCUCUGUCAUUGACUUUAAGAGGGAUCCCUGGCCCAAGGUUUCUGAAAAUGCUAAGGACCUCGUGAAGAAAAUGCUUGAUCCCGAUCCAAGGCAGCGUCUUACUGCUCAAGGAGUUCUCGAGCAUCCAUGGUUACAGAAUGCCAAGAAAGCUCCAAAUGUCCCUCUGGGUGAAACUGUGAAAGCAAGGCUGAAACAAUUUUCUGUAAUGAACAAGCUGAAGAAAAGAGCUCUAAGGGUAACUGUUCAAAUCUAUCAAUAAUACCCUCAAACAAAAUUUUUUAGACAACAAGUUUAUAUUACAAUUAUUUUUUUCUUUGCUUUCUGCUUCUGCAAGUGCGCCUUUGUUUCUUUUUUGUUUUUCUGUAUUGAAGGAAGUUUAUAUAGGAAAAUAAAAUCUUGAUUUUGAUUCUAUGAUGUAUUUUCUAAUAUGGAAGUCUAGAUUGUAUAUAAUAAGUUGAUUUUGACAGUGACAUGGGAAGUGAAUGAUUUUUUGUUUUAAAGUUCUAUUAUCUGACUUUUUCCAGAAUUGAUCUUAUUUGAUUUUUAUACUCUUUAAGUAUUUUAUUAUCUUGUUUGAUUAUUAUAAACUAUGAUUUUUAUU